UGUGUCUCUCCUUCUGGUUCUGACAGGAUGUCUCAGUGUGAGAUGACUCAAAGCCACUGAUUUGGGCUUUUGCACCGUCACAUUCAUACGGCAACUUGAGAAUAGCUACCCGACGCGGCUUCACUUGCUCAGAGCUGGUUUCCUUCUCAACACAUCCGCCACCCCAGAGGCUGUCUCUGUCUCUGUCUCUGAGCCCCUGAGUGCUCACCCUGUCCACAGAGCUCACAGGACCACUGCUAAUGUAUGACACGGCCUCAAAAAUAGACACAAGAUGGAAGUGAAACGUAACACGACACCCAGAGCGUAAGGGAGGGCUUUGUGUGAGAUGAAAGACAAACAGGUGGGUGACAACGGAGAUGGCUGUGACAUGUGUGACGAGCUGCCCCUGCUGGCUAUUCAUAGCUCUUUUGUUAAGGAAGGACAAGUGUCAACAUCAGCACAAGAUCUGGUCUGCUGUUCGUUGCCUGGUCUGAGUAGCUGCCUGUGGUGACUUCUAGACGGUCUGAACUCAGCCCCCCUUUAAGCAGGCUGCCCCCAGCAACUGCAGAGAUGUUGAGGUCUCAGAGGAAAUGGAUGAAGUUCAAAUCGCCACUUGAAUUUCCUAAGGAAGUAAAGUACAAGCCUAUUCUCGAGAGCUUGCAGCCUAUAGACCCCAUGAGCCGGUUCAACUUACACAGGGGCUCCCCUGCAGAGGAGUUCCCCUACCUGAGGGACAACCACACCUACAUGGGCCACAUCCUCACGCUGCAUCUGUACACACGACAGUUCAACCGCGCCACGGAGAGUGGAGUCAUGUUCGACGACAUCAUCCGACCUGGCCUAGAAGACCCAGGUCAGGCCACAGGGCCCAUGGCAGUGGGCUGUUUGGCAGGGGACGCCCAGUCCUACAUCCUCUUCUGUGACUUCUUCGACCGCAUCAUUGACGCAUACCAUGACUACAAGAUCACCAGCUCACAGGAGAGUGACUUUAACUGCGGCAACCUGAAGGGAGGGGAUGUCUUGGAUGCUGCGUAUGCUGUGGACUGUGAGGUCAGAGUGGCUCGCUGCGUGGAGGACUUCUGCUUUCCGAUGCACUGCAGCAGGGCAGAGCGCAGGAAGCUGCUUUCACUGGCAGAGAAAGCUCUGACCAAGUUGUCUGAGGAGUUCCCAGGCAAGCUGUACUCCAUGGAGGAGCUGAGUCAGGACGCGGGUGGAAAGGGCCUCGCCAUGAUGACCCCGACCCCUGCAAUGGUGAAGAUUGGGGUGGCUCGUGACUGGCCCGAUGCCAGGGCUGUGUGGGAGAGUCAGGAUGGGCAGCUGGUCGUAUGGGUUAACUUUGAGGACCACCUCAAGCUUGAAUGCUCCAGAACAGAUGCCAACCUCCAGCUGGCGUUUGACUGUAUCUGCCUCAACCUGCUGAAGCUGGAGAGUCUAUACAAAACCCUGCGCCACCCGUUCGUGUGGAAGGAACACUUGGGCUGGGUGGUGAGCUCCCCAGCGGAGGUGGGCACGGGUCUGAAGGCCAGCGUCACCGUCCGGCUGCAGCACCUGCCCAAUCACAAACGCCUGGAGAAUGUCCUGGACAGACUGCGCCUCCACCUGAUCCCUACCGACAAACCUGGGCUGUACAGAGCGACCAACGCUCCGACCAUCGGCUUCUCCGAGGUGGGUGUCCUCCAGUUAGUGGUGGACGGCGUGCAGCUGCUCAUCUGCAUGGAGAAGCGGCUGGAGAACCACGGCGGCAUAGACGACCUGGUGCCCACACACAAACUCAGUGGCUACACAGACAAAUCAUAGAUGACCUGGUGCCGACACACAAACUCAGUGGCUACACAGACAAAUCAUAGAUGACCUGGUGCCGACACACAAACUCAGUGGCUACACAGACAAAUCCUGAGCCACGGUGUGGGCUUGUUAUUUUGGCCAAUGCAACCACUUUUUGCCCAAACAUUUAAAAUGGAGUGCUUGGGAGUCCUGUGAUGGCGAUUGAGUUUUCAGUCAGCUGUUAGGCAUGGGGCUGUAGCGCUAAAUAAAAAUACAUACAUCUCAUAUUCUGAAAAUAAAAGGAGUUGUCACCA